AUGCCUUGCCUUCAGACCGACAAGCUCUCUUCCGAGCAUUUACUCGAAAUUCAGGAGGAGAGACAGAUGGUCAAAGGUCUGGUGGAUUCGCCCAUCCCGACUGACGAAACAAUAGAAGCUUAUAAUAAGCGGAUGAAAAGACGUGAAGAGUUCACUGCAAGGCGGAAGGCUCAUCACGACAAAGCUUUGGAUCAUUACAAGGAGUUCUUUGCUGUCGUAGCGGACGAAUGCGCUGCUGAAGUGCAGCUCGUGUCGGAGGAUCUCAAGGCUUGUAUGGGAAAGCAGGAUCACGAAAUUUCGGCUUUACUAUGUGUGAUGGAAUUUGAAGAGACGGAUCACGCGGGGGAGGCGAUAAUGAGUGCUCCUUUCAAAAUUAGUUUAGAAGUCGGGAAUUGA